GAAAUAGCAACAUUGUUCAAGUGUAUUUUACGCCUGCUACAUUAGGUUAUACAAAAGCAUACCGUUUGUACAUUAUAGGCUGCAACGCUGUAGCUAUCUAGCCUACGUGGCAUGUUAUCAGUUUCUCAUAUUAUUUUAUCACUGUUCAGUUCAGAUACAAGCCUAUACUUGCCAAAUUGCCUAUCAAUAAUGAUGCGUGUAGCCUAAAUUGAUUGUCUAUUUCUGUCCAAAUUUCAAAGACACAUUUCAUUUUAUAUAUAUAAUUACGCAGCUCUGCAUGUCGUUGUAACAGUCACUCUACAUUGCAUUAUUAAGCCAUCAUCUGCUGCAGCAUUGCAGUGAUUCGUUCCCACAUUUGGGGAAGGUCACGUUAUAGCGAACCGGGAGCUGCCUGCCUGCUGAUAUUGUACUGCGCAAAACCCAUAGUCCGGAUUUGUGCCUGACGUCAUGGGUAGCCACCAUUAGAUUCGUUCUUUGACAAUUGGAGCACGGAGAGUCCAAGCAAAGAUAGCCAUCAGCAUCCCCGCACGGCCUUACAAACGGGAGAGAACAAACAGAAAAGAUGUCGAGUGGACCGUUAUACUGCGCUACAUAGGGAGAUACCUCGUUUUCCUCCUCAAAGCGGCCCCCGAAAAGCGCUGCAGUGAAGAGGAGAAUGCGUCUCUAAGUGAAAGGAUACAUAGCUUUGCUGUUAAAGGGACGCAGUUGUUGCUUUUCUGCCUCUAAACAAACAGUGACAGUUCCACGGGGCUUUGGAUAAAGCAAUAACAACAACUAAUCCCCAGAACGAGCACAACAACUAGGCUACGGCUGCUAACGGCAGGGAACCAAGGACAUAAACCAAGAAUAACAAUGGAAACGGCAGCAGGAACUGGUUUAAGUUAAAGACAAUAGAGAUUUUUGAGAAUAGCGAAUGUUUUCUUGGUAUGUACGUUAAUUUGAGCUUUUAUAUUCUGUGGAAAUGGGAGCUUUGACCAGCAGACAAAAUGCAGGAGUGGAAGAGGUCGAUAUACCGUCCAACUCGGUGUACCGCUAUCCACCGAAAUCUGGAAGCUACUUUGCCAACCACUUCAUCAUGGGCGGGGAGAAGUUUGACUCCACCCACCCCGAGGGAUACCUGUUCGGAGAGAACACUGACCUCAACUUCCUGGGAAUCAGACCAGUGGCGUUUCCCUAUGCGGCCCCGCCUCCUCAGGAGCCAGUAAAGACGCUACGAAGCCUUAUAAACAUCCGUAAAGAUACACUGAGGCUCGUACGGUGUAGUGAGGACCUGAAACUGCCAGGGGAAGAUGUGGCAGGGAAAAGCAAAGCCUGUUACAACAUAGAGUUCACCUUCGACGCUGACACACAGGUGGCCAUCACCAUCUACUAUCAAGCUAUAGAGGAGUUCCACAACGGAGUGCCUAUCUACAUUCCCCAGGACAGCUCUCUCCAGUCAGAGACAGUGCACUUUAAGAGAGGAGUCUGUCAGCAGUUCUGUCUGCCCUCCCACUCCAUCAAUCUGUCAGAGUGGGCCGAUGAGGAGUUGCUGUUUGACAUGGAUAAGGAUGUGUUUCCCAUGGUCGUUCAAGCGACAGUAGACGAGGGGGAAGAUCACAUGGGUCACUCCCAUGUCCUCCUGGCCACCUUUGAGAAGCACAUGGAUGGGAGCUACUGUGUCAAACCUCUGAAACAGAAACAAGUGGUGGAUGGGGUGAGUUACCUUCUUCAGGAGAUCUACGGCAUCGAGAACAAGUACAACAGCCAAGAAUCAAAGGUUGCGGAUGAUGAGAUCAGUGAUAACAGUGCGGAGUGUGUGGUGUGUCUGUCAGACGUCCGUGACACACUUAUCCUGCCCUGCAGACACCUGUGUCUCUGUAAUGCCUGCGCCGACACUCUCCGCUACCAGGCCAACUGCUGCCCCAUAUGCAGACUGCCGUUCCGGGCCCUACUGCAGAUCCGAGCCAUGAGGAAGAAGCUGAGUCCUCUCUCUCCUGCCGGGUUUAACCCCGUUAUCACCUCCCAGACCUCCGACUCAGAGGAACACUCGGCGUCAGACCACAUCCCCCCAGGUUAUGAGGCUGUGUCUCUCCUGGAGGCUCUGAACGGGCCCCUGAGCGUGUCUCCCUCGGCUCCCCCUCUGCAGGAACUCUCUGGGGGCCACGUCUCAGGGACCCUGCCCCACUAUAGCAGUGAGCCCCACCCAGCCCCGGCACGCUCCAUGUCCCCCCUGGACCACUCCAACUCCAGCCAGGGACUCAAACUGAAGAAGAGCGGCUCCAAGUCUCUCUCCCAGAAUUCCUCGGUGCUGCCCGAGGAGGAGGACGAGAAGUCAGAACGCAGCGAAUCAGAAGUUCAGGCCUGCCGCCGGAAACAACAACCGGAGACUGGUGUAACUCCAGAGAGUGAGAAUCUGACUCUAUCCUCGUCUGGAGCCAUCGACCAGUCCUCCUGUACUGGGACACCUUUCUCCUCCACCAUCACCUCCCCUGAAGACCAAGUGAGCAGUAGCCUGGCCCAGUCAGUCAUGUCCAUGGCUUCGUCCCACAGCCAUCACUCUCAGAUCAGCACUGACACCCUGUCUUCCAUGUCUGGCUCCUACCUGGCUGGGCCGGAGGGGGAGGUAGAGGGGGAGGAGGGGGGAGAAGCAGAGGGGGAGGAGAACCAGGAUGCACCCAUGGAGAGCCGGGGACCCUCACAGCAGGAUGGGGAAGUGAGACGGGGGAGAGAAGGGAGAACAGGGGUGGAGAGAGUGAGGGAACACCUAGAGAAGUGGCUUGUUGAAAUCUCUGACAUGGAGAAUAACCCCCCCCCCUCUUUCUUUCUCCCUCUUUUUUUUGUCUCUCUCUCUCAGGAGCUACCCAUGGAACCAAAAGAACAGAACUUCUCAGUCGCUGUGUCAGACGAGCAGGAUUCAGAGGGGAAUGAUGUCACAGAGGAAGACUGCCCCUCACCUUCACACGAGCAGGGUGGGCGGAGCAGGUGUCCAGAGUUGGCCAAUAACAAUCAGGGCGUCGCCCUCUGCGACACGCACUGUUUGGGGGGGCUGGACAAUGAGCAGGUUCCCGACUGCCGAUUCGCCGGUCUGAUGUAUCUGGGAGGCUAUAGGCCCGUGUUGGAGCCUCUCCCCCACCACGCCUCAACCAGUAAUAUCAACCUGGAGGAGCAGGGGGCGGAGACUAGGGAUGGCCAGAGUCCCAAACAAACACCUCACACACCACGCCGCGGACCACUCAAAGUGUAACACGCACACACCCGUCCAAUUCCGACCUCAGCGUCAUAACAGCACAGACUGAUAUUUUAGCCAUUUUACACAACCUCAUGAUUACGCAGUAGACCUUCCUCCCUGCAUCUCCUCAACUAAUCAACCAAUGCCCAUGUCCUGAGGCAGUCUCCUCACUGAACCGUCCUGCACCUCUCCUCACUGAACCGUCCUGCACCUCUCCUCAAUCAACCGUCCUGCAUCUCUCCUCACUCAACCGUCCUGCAUCUCUCUUCACUCAACCUUCCUGCACCUCUCCUUGCUCUGGACAAUAGAUGAGAAGCAUCUAUCUCAGUUGCUAAAUCUAAAUCUAACAGGAAAAUCUUGAAGAGGAUUUAACUUAUCCACAGUCCAAAAGGAGACUGCUAGAGUUAGACCAUUCUUCCCCUCAAUGUGUCAUAAUGGCUUUCUUGUGUUUCGUGUCAUUGGUAGACCUUUGGGACUCCUCCCCUUGCCUCUACCAACCAACCAAUCAGGGGUUAGUGUGAUCUGCAAUCUAAUUAAUAUUCAUGUAUUUCUGUUUGACCUUCUAACGAGUGGUCGAACACUAUAAAAACAACAGUUAGCUUCACUAGACGACCAAACUGGAUUGUACUGGACUCACCAGCUCCAGUCCAUGAACCAGUAGACUCUGGCCCUGGUUUUGCAUGCAGCUCUUUUAUGUCUCCAAUCAGCCCUACUGUACUCAACUGUGAUCUAUCCUGAAUGGGACUUGCCUCGUUAGCUAAGAAACUGGACAUGCUGGUGAAAGGAGGAUUUGAUCCAAAAUGGUGGUGGUAGAUAGAUACUGAACUGUAAAGAAGACAGUGGAGUCCCUGAGAAUGUACGAUGCCGAUGGAGGAUGUGCAACACUCAGAGGAGAAUGUAACGUAAUGAUUUGUUUUGGGGUUAUUAACUGUAGAAGAAUGACCUCUGAACUUUGAACUACCACCUGUGUCCCUUGCACACCUUUCCUAACGCACACACCAGAUUAUCUGUCUGACUCACUGGUGUAAAGAGCUUUACCACAAAGACACUAAAGCAAUACAGAACCUGUACCUGUAAACAAGUAACACACAUCACCCUACAAAAACACCUGUGCUGUUCGUUAGACAAACCUGAACCUUCUCAUUUUGUGAAAACCUUUAGUUAGUUUAAUUUUCUAUUAUAUUGUUUUUAGUGUAUGCUCUACUGUUAAUGUCGUCACAUGUUCUGUGUUUUAUUUGUUUAAACAAAAAUGUGUUGCUCAUUACGUGGAUGAUAAGUGAAAUUAAUAAUUGUAUUUGAGAAGAAAAAAAAAUACAUAAAAAAACGGGAUGAUGACACCAACAUGGAAUGCACUUCUUGUUGUUACCCAGGCAACACACUUUGCGGUGCAUGAGGCGAUUGUAGAGUAAAGCAUGGUAGUCUAGGUCAGUCUCCACCCCUGUAGAGUACCCACAGUGGUAUGCUCCACAGAUCCUCACACCCCUAAAGAGUACCCAUAGUGGUACACCCCUCUGACCUUUCUGUUUUGUCAUAUUGUCUCCAAAUGACACCCUAUUCCCUGUAUAGUGCACUACUUUGACCAGAACCCAAUUCCCUGUAUUGUGCACUAAAUUUGACCAGAGCCUUAUUCCCUUUUAAGUGAAGGUAGCGAGCCAUAUGGGGCAAUAGGGUGAAAUUUGAGAUGCAUAGAUAGCCUAUAAGAUACACUACAGAUGCUCUCUUCCUUAUCCUCAACUACAGGCUGGCUGCAGCUGUUAGCUAGUGUUCACACCGUCAGCUCAUACACCCCUACCUGUAUCCCUCUCACCUACAGUAUACUGGACCAUGGGUCACUUUUGUAGAAUGCUGAUUGAAAAUGUCAACUGCAAGAAAAAAAAUAAAGUUUUUCGAACUAAA